AUGCACACUUCAAGUCUCCUCUUCGCCGGCCUCUUGGCAAUGUCCAACGCUGCGGCCCUUCCGCAGGCUGAAGAAGCUUCUCUCCUCACGGCCCGCAGGGGUGGAAGUGACAGCGGCAGCGGAAGUGGCAGUGGAAAGUCAUGCGACGUCUGGGCCAAGGUCAAUGCGGAUCUCAACUCAGCCUUCAUGAUCGGUAACCAGUGCAACGACAUGGCGCGCGCGGCAAUCCGCGCCAUCUUCCACGACUGCGGGUCGUGGGAUACAACGCAGGGGUUCACCGGCGGCUGCGACGGCUCGCUGAUCCUGGGGACGACGUACAACGGCAGCCAGGACAUUGAGCUGAACCGCGGUGAAAACAGGGGGCUGCAGAAGAUCUCUUCAGUGCUGCAGGAUAUGGCUACUCGUUAUUCUGUGCCGGUUGCGGACAUGAUUGUGUUUGCCGGGAAUGCUGCCAUCUUCCUCUGCCCCGGCGGUCCCAAGGUCAAGACCUUCAUCGGCCGGACGGACAGCACAACGUCGGCCAAGCCCGGCGGCCUACCCGACGUUUUUGACACGGCGCAGAACCUCUUCACCCUAUUCCAGAACAAGGGUUACGGUGCCGAGGACCUCGCCGCGCUGUUGGGCGCCCACAGCACCUCGACGCAGAAUUUUGUCGAUGAGACAAAGAAGAACGCGUCCCAGGAUUCCACCCCGGGCCAGUGGGACGUCAGCUACUACAAGGAGACGUACGACUACGCGACCAAGAAGACGGCCGCCCCCGGCGUUUUCGUCUUCCCUUCAGACGAAAAGCUCGCCACGCAGACCGACGUCGGAAAGAAGUUCCAGGGCUUUAUUGGCAACCAGAACAAAUGGGCCAGCAGCUUCGCCAACGCCAUGGAGAAGAUGGCGUUGUUCGGAAACGACAAGAGCAAGAUGGUUGACUGCACCAAUCAGAUCCAGAAGCUGUAG